AUGGCGGACUACGACAACUUUGAAGAGCGGGACCGGGCCUACGGCAGCUUCGGCGGCGGCAGAGGGCCCCGUGGCGGCAGCGGUCCCGGAGCCCCCAGGAAGCAGAAGGAGCUGCGACAGAGCCUCCGUUUCACAGCGUACGUGGGAAACCUGCCGUUCAACACGGAGGGAGACAUCGACAUCAUCUUCAACGCUAACAUCCGCAGCGUCCGAUUGGUCAGAGACAAAGAGACAGACAAGUUCAAAGGUUUUUGUUAUGUUGAAUUUGAAGAUUUGGAAUCUCUAAAAGAAGCUUUGACGUACGACGGCGCUUUAUUAGGUGAAAGGUCACUGAGGGUGGACAUCGCAGAGGGACGAAGGCAAGAGCGAGGAGGCGGCGGCUUCGGCUUCAGGAAAGACGACAGCAGAGGACGAGGAGGCUCUCGAGGAGCUCCCAGAGGAGGAGGAGGACGUGACUCCCGUGAGGACUUCUACGACCAGCCCGGAGGAGGUUUUAGAGAUGAUGACUACAUGGGAGGGCGGAGUCGAGGCGGUGGCAGUCGCCCUGGUGAAAGAAGGGGUGGGAGCGGAGGGAUGGGUCGCUACAGAGACGGACCUCCCCGAGGAGGAACGACAGACUUCAGGGAACCGUCUGAAGAGGAGCGCGCACAGCGGCCUCGGCUGCAGCUGACUCGGACCGUCUCUGAGCCGCUCAACCAGGUCGCCAACCCCAACUCUGCCAUCUUCGGCGGAGCGAAGCCGCGAGAGGAGGUGAUCUCAAGAGAAAAACCAUAA